UAAUACUACUCUUAAGUAACUUCCUAUUAUGUUCCAAACGGAGAGAGUGGGGUUUGUUUUAAUUAUCGAAAUAUGUUGGGGCGGUGAGUAAUAAACAAAUAUCAAAGUUGGCAUGCUAGAAACAAUAAAGACAGGGCUACAGGGGUAGUUCUUAAAUAAAAAGCUCGUUAAGAUUAUCCAAGCUGAACACAGUGAGAAAGAGGAAGCGGAAGAUGGGUUACGUAUUGAGGGUGAGACUGGCAUCAUUUUUCGCAGGUGUAGCAGCUGCGUCGUCUCUUGGUCUCUACAGUCUCUACAAUGACUAUAAGACUGCCUAUGAAUCCAUCUCCCAUCAGGUGAAAGGCCUCCAUGAGUCAUUAGAUAGACGAAUCUCUAGUUUAGAAAGUAUGAAACAAACUGAAGCUUCACAACAUGGGGAGGCUAUAGAGUAGAGGCUGUGAGGCGACCUCCUGCAAUUCAUGUUGUGGCUCUUUAAUGUCUUUAGUUUGCCCCCUUAACAUGGGUUUUCUGCUCGCUUUGGUUUUGCUUUUUUCCUUGUUAUAAAAUAAUUACAACUUGAUCCUUUUGUAUUACUAAGGUAUACUCAAUCAUUUGACAUAUUUCACUGCAGAAAUAUUGGUUGAUUUCUGCCAUUUACAUUUGAUUUUAAAGCUUGGAGGGGAAAAACAGUGAUGUGCCAUGCAUCAUCCUGGGUGAAUGUUGUGCUUCCUGUUAUAUUAUUUAUCUGUGGAAUGAUGAAAUGCAGCCCAUAUUUUUAAUA